AUGUGCUGUGCCCUCUCCGACGCCCUGCCUCGUGGGUGGGCGGUAGGCAUAGCGGCGGGCGAGCAGAGGCGCAUCUUCUGUGCGUUUGAGCAGGUGGACUCGUCCAUGUCGCGCCAGCACGGCGGCACGGGGCUCGGCCUCUCCAUCACCUCCCGGUAUGCCCCCCCUCUCCAUCACCUCCCGGUAUGCCCCCCCUCUCCAUCACCUCCCGGUAUGCCCCCCCUCUCCAUCACCUCCCGGUAUGCCCCCCCUCUCCAUCACCUCCCGGUAUGCCCCCCCUCUCCAUCACCUCCCGGUAUGCCCCCCCUCUCCAUCACCUCCCGGUAUGCCCCCCCUCUCCAUCACCUCCCGGUAUGCCCCCCCUCUCCAUCACCUCCCGGUAUGCCCCCCCUCUCCAUCACCUCCCGGUAUGCCCCCCCUCUCCAUCACCUCCCGGUAUGCCCCCCCUCUCCAUCACCUCCCGGUAUGCCCCCCCUCUCCAUCACCUCCCGGCUCGUUCACAUGAUGGGCGGCAGCAUUUGGCUGCACUCGUCUCCUGGAGCCGGCAGCACGUUUGCCUUCUCUGCCACUUUUGCUGCGCCGCCCGUCUCCCCCUCCACCCCCCAUGCUGCCCUCCCCCCUGCCCCACGUCGCACGGUGAGUGCGGAGGAGCUGGACCGCCGCCUGGCCCUGGACGCCCUCUCGCUCUCGCUGCUGCCCUCCCUCGUCCUCCACCGCUCCUCCUCCCGCGCCCUGCCUCCCCCCCUCUCGCCCUCCGCCGCCUCCUCUGCUGCCAGCGCUGCCGCACCCGUAUCUGCGCGCUCGCCUGCUGCCGCCCGCAUGGGGUUCAGCUUCCCGGGGCAGGCAGACGCCGCGUUGGACGCUGCAGCAGGCGGGGCAGGGCAGCACGGCGCAUGGGAGAGGGUUGCAGCGGCAGGGCGAGGUGGAGGAGGCGAGGGCGGACGCAUGGAUGCCAGAGCGGACGCAGCAGGGGGUGCAGGUGGUGGGGGUGCGGUGCAGGGCAGGGCAGGGCGCAGCCGGCGCAGAACACAGAGUUUCACGUGUGGGGAUGCGAGCACAGGGCGCAUGCUGGAGGAGGUGCUGCGGCAGGCGAGCAGGGAGCAGCAGGCAGGCCAGCUACCCUCCAGCAGACUCGGUGCUGCUGGCCCCCACGCCCAUGCCACCGCUGCCCUUGCAGCCGCCUCUGCACUGGUUGGUGCGAGGGGCAGCAAUGGUGGUGGUGAGGAGCGUCGCUGUGACGAGGCUCAUCAGCAGCAGCAGCAGCAGCAGCAGCAGCAGCAGCAGCAGCAGCAGCAGCAGCAGCAGCAGCAGCAGCAGCAGCAGCAGCAGCAGCAGCAGCAGCAGCAGCAGCAGCAGCAGCAGCAGCAGCAGCAGCAGCAGCAGCAGCAGCAGCAGCAGCAGCAUCAGCAGCAGCAGCAGCAGCAGCAGCAGCAGCAGCAGCAGCAGCAGCAGCAGCAGCAGCAGCAGCAGCAGCAGCAGCAGCAGCAGCAGCAGCAGCAGCAGCAGCAGCAGCAGCAGCAGCAGCAGCAGCAGCAGCAGCAGCAGCAGCAGCAGCAGCAGCAGCAGCAGCAGCAGCAGCAGCAGCAGCAGCAGCAGCAGCAGCAGCAGCAGCAGCAGCAGCAGCAGCAGCAGCAGCAGCAGCAGCAGCAGCAGCAGCAGCAGCAGCAGCAGCAGCAGCAGCAGCAGCAGCAGCAGCAGCAGCAGCAGCAGCAGCAGCAGCAGCAGCAGCAGCAGCAGCAGCAGCAGCAGCAGCAGCAGCAGCAGCAGCAGCAGCAGCAGCAGCAGCAGCAGCAGCAGCAGCAGCAGCAGCAGCAGCAGCAGCAGCAGCAGCAGCAGCAGCAGCAGCAGCAGCAGCAGCAGCAGCAGCAGCAGCAGCAGCAGCAGCAGCAGCAGCAGCAGCAGCAGCAGCAGCAGCAGCAGCAGCAGCAGCAGCAGCAGCAGCAGCAGCAGCAGCAGCAGCAGCAGCAGCAGCAGCAGCAGCAGCAGCAGCAGCAGCAGCAGCAGCAGCAGCAGCAGCAGCAGCAGCAGCAGCAGCAGCAGCAGCAGCAGCAGCAGCAGCAGCAAGCAGCAGCAGCAGCAGCAGCAGCAGCAGCAGCAGCAGCAGCAGCAGCAGCAGCAGCAGCAGCAGCAGCAGCAGCAGCAGCAGCAGCAGCAGCAGCAGCAGCAGCAGCAGCAGCAGCAGCAGCAGCAGCAGCAGCAGCAGCAGCAGCAGCAGCAGCAGCAGCAGCAGCAGCAGCAGCAGCAGCAGCAGCAGCAGCAGCAGCAGCAGCAGCAGCAGCAGCAGCAGCAGCAGCAGCAGCAGCAGCAGCAGCAGCAGCAGCAGCAGCAGCAGCAGCAGCAGCAGCAGCAGCAGCAGCAGCAGCAGCAGCAGCAGCAGCAGCAGCGCAGCAGCAGCAGCAGCAGCAGCAGCAGCAGCAGCAGCAGCAGCAGCAGCAGCAGCAGCAGCAGCAGCAGCAGCAGCAGCAGCAGCAGCAGCAGCAGCAGCAGCGCAGCAGCAGCAGCAGCAGCAGCAGCAGCAGCAGCAGCAGCAGCAGCAGCAGCAGCAGCAGCAGCAGCAGCAGCAGCAGCCAGCAGCAGCAGCAGCAGCAGCAGCAGCAGCAGCAGCAGCAGCAGCAGCAGCAGCAGCAGCAGCAGCAGCAGCAGCAGCAGCAGCAGCAGCAGCAGCAGCAGCAGCAGCAGCAGCAGCAGCAGCAGCAGCAGCAGCAGCAGCAGCAGCAGCAGCAGCAGCAGCAGCAGCAGCAGCAGCAGCAGCAGCAGCAGCAGCAGCAGCAGCAGCAGCAGCAGCAGCAGCAGCAGCAGCAGCAGCAGCAGCGGCAGGUUGAGGAGAAGAAGCAGCAAGAGCAGGAGCAGCAGGGGCGAGUACCAGUGGGGCAGCUGGAGAGGAGCAGCAGCGAGGGCUUUGCCAUGCGGCGGCGGCAUCUGCUGGUGGUGCGCGGGCGCACGCGGUCCCUGGAGUGCAUGGGGGCGCGACAGGCCCAGGAGUGGGCCGGUGCACGCUCAGAGCACACUGGGGACGCGCAGGGCGGGCGGAGAGAGGGCGAUGCGAGGGGCACAAGCGGCACCACAGGCAGCAGAGCAGCAGUGGCGGGCAGAGAGGGUGGUGGUGGGGAUGGUGGCGAGGAGAGCCGGCAGGGGAGCAGCAGCCCUGGGGUGGAGGUGCCUUGCCUGCCAUCGUGGAGCCCACGCAGUGGCAGUGGGGCGCGCAUGGCAGGCAGUCCGCGCACAGAGGGGGGCAUGGGAGGCACGGGAGCCAUGGGGGGCACGGGAGGCAUGGGGGGCAUGGGAGGCAGAGCAGCAAGCAACGAGCCCAGAAGCCCCCAUGCACAAGCAGGUGCGGCUCGUGCUGCUGCUGGUGGUGGUGGUGGUGGUGGUGGUGGUGGUGGUGGUGGUGGCACGGACAGUGGUGGCGUGGAGGCGAGUGUGGCGAAGCUGAGCCGCGUGGUGGAGAGGGAGGAUGAGGGGUUGAGUGAGGAUGAUGCCCCCGCCGCCCGCACAGCGCAGCAGAGCAGGAGAGGGGCGCGUGUGCUGCGAGGCAGCGCUGGGCGGCUAUCGGUGGAGGGCAGCGUGGCGGAGCUGCAAGGGGCGCGUGCAGGCGGUGAGAGGGAGCAGGGCGGCGCUGGUGUGCUGAGGGAGCAGGGCGCAGGGCAGGGUGUGGGGAGGGCGAGAGGAGAAGAGGAGCGGUUGAAAGGACUGAGUGCAUGUGAGGAGGACGAGAGAGAGGAGUUGGGACAGAGAGGCCGGAGCGGGUGGCAGGGCCCUCCCUUGUCAGCGAGUGCGAGUGGGUGGUCGACGGAGGCAGCAGCUGAGAUGCGCCCCAGCGUGAGCUUCAAGGAGAAUCUCUCUGCACGCCACCGUGAGGAGGGGGAGCCCUUGCAGGCAGCACUGGGCAAUGCCAGCCCUGACCCCUGUGAGGCACUCAGUCGUGGCGGUUCGAGCAGCGGUAGUGGGGAUGCAGCCACAGCUACAGCAGAGGCGGCAUCAGGCAGCAGGGCGGGUGCAUGCGGGUUGUUGGGACGACAGAGGCAGCUGCGAGUGCAGCACCUCACCUUCCAGCUGCCUGACGACACCUCCCCUGCGCACUCGCCCUCCACCCCCACCUUUGACUCGCGCCGCCCCUCCCUCAAGCCGCCUGCUCAUGCACCUGCGCCCGCUGCCCCCUCCGCCAUCUCACCGCGCCCGCCUGUGUCCCCGCGGCGGCCUUACGGGGACGCGGCUGAGCCGAGCACCAUGGAGGCCAUCUACGCGCGCAUCCAGGCCCAAGCUGCCGCCUUGCGCCCCCUCGCCCCCACGCGCUCGCCCUCCACCGCCGCCGCUGCAGGCGACGGCGCGCGCAGCUUGGCGCGCGGGAGGGAGCCGCCCGCCCUGGACGUGCCGUCCACACCUUCGUCCUCCGCACGCCGCGCUGCUGGAGGGGGCCUGCUGCGCCAGAAGUCAGGCGGGAUGGCGCUGCUGCAGCGGCAGGGCACAGGGGUGGGGCGGCAGGGCGGGGGGCUGGUGAGGCAGGGCACGGGGCUGGGGCGGCAGGCGAGUGUGAAGCUGAAGCAGAAGCCGGUGCGCGCGGCGAGCCCGCGGGCCAUGCUGUCGGCGGUGGCGCUGAACAUCCUGCUGGCGGACGACAGCGUGGUGAACCAGAAGGUGGCGGUGCGCUUCCUCAAGAAGAAGGGCAUGGUGGCGGACGCCGUGGGCGACGGCGCUCAGGCCAUCCAGCGCCUCUACCCCAAGGAUGGCGGCAUCUCCCCCUACGACCUCCUGCUGCUCGACGUGCAGGUGCGACCUCCUGCUGCUCGACGUGCAGGUGCGACCUCCUGCUGCUCGACGUGCAGGUGCGACCUCCUGCUGCUUGACGUGCAGACGUCCCAAAACACUCCUUUUUUCACGCUGCUCGACGUGCAGGUGCGACUUCCUGCUGCCACACGUGCAGGUGAGCCGACAGCCGUGCGUGGUGCACGUUUGCCAGAUCUAUGCAGCGUGGGGCCCGGGGCGCAGAUGCCAGUGAUGGACGGACUUCAAACAGUGCGGGUUAUUCGUGAGAAGGAGACGGCAGAGAAGCUUCCCCACCUUCCAGUCAUUGGGCUGACAGCGCAUGCGGCCGACGUGUACCGCGACCAGUGCAUCUCCGCCGGCAUGGACGGCUUCGUCUCCAAG